CCAAGAUGUGACGACUAACUACGGUGUACUUUGUAGCCAACCCACCAACAACAAAACUGAUCAUCAUGAUAACCAUGAUCCAAAUCUGUCCAGAUCACAUCUUGAGUCGCGAUAACUCACCAGGGGAAACAUGUAGGAUGCUGCCCAAUGUUGUGCAUAUGAAGAGUAAAAUUUCUUUUUCUCUGCUCGGAUUAUUUUCUCGGAUAUUGAGAUCAUUGUGUUUCUUUUCGAUUUUGUUUUAUUUUAUUUUCAUUUUUUUUCCUCACAUUUUCCAUUUUCCAUUUUUGCCUUUUCCAGUAGCAGUAAUGGUGGGUGCAAAAUGGAAAAUGGAGAGUGGAUAAGAUUCUCCCUCACAUCAACCCAAGACCUCUAACAAACGGUCGAUUUCAGCCAGUCGAAGGAGGCCCCCCGGCUGAACCGGGUUGACGGGUUGGAAGUCUACUUACUACUUACUGUACGGCCCAUGUGGGCUGCGGUGGGCUGGGCUACUGCUUUGUUUUGUUGUCUGUU